GUUUAAACAACAUUUGACCUUCUCUGCUUUUCCGUCAGUAUCUGAUGAGCAGAAAAUGACACAGAUAAAUGGACUUGACAACCACAAAGAUUCACUUCAUAUGUUUGUCAAUUUAUCAGAUGUUAAAGAGCAACCUAAGAACAUGAAAUCCAGCCCAAUUUCUGCCAUCAGUAGGCACACAACAGCUGAUGCACGACCAGAAGGGACCUUGAACACGUCACCCCUUGAAUCAUUCACUGGAACAACUUUACCAACUUUCACUAUGGAUCUUAUUCAUAUGCAGAAUGUGUUGCAUAAAGAGCAUGUGACCUUAGCUGAAAACCAGACUGAAUUUUUCUCAACAGUAAAUGAGCAUUCACAAACGACGCAAUCGAACUUUCCUGCUGACGAAAUCUCCAGUUCAGAUGCAACAGAAGAUGUACAAAAACACCUUGGGCGGACUUCGCUGUCUGCUGUUACUGGGGAAAAGUUCUCUCCUAUUGUCCACACAGAUUUGAGUUUCUCAAGUACAGAGACACAAUCGCUCCCCAAAGGUUCAUUACAGUCCGGGGAAGGGAGUGAAGAUAUAUCACAUGGCACUACUCCAUUUGCUGAAAGUGACUCAGGGGUAUCUGCUGAGUUCAUGUCAGACCUGCCAGUGAUAAACAGGAAGAGGAGGAUUAUAUCACCCGAUUCUCUCAGUGGUCUGGCGCAAAUCUCAGAUGAUAUCUGCGGCACUGGUAACUACACAGCAGAGAUGAGUCUGAACUUGGAGAGAGAUAUCAUGCCUGGAGAUCUCAUCCCUGCCCUCGGAAACCUACGUGUCGUCAUCAGCCUCAAAACAAAUAACAGCCAGGUGAACCUAGAGAUAAAAUCCUGCUGCCUUUCGCCCACCGUCAGACUUGAUGAAUUUAAUACCACCUGCUGCAUUUUUUCCAGGCUGCCUAUAGACCCUCAUGGCAUUAGACUGCUUCCUAGCGUCCUGUCAAAGAGCGCCAGCUUCACCAUCAGUCUCUUCCAGAUGAUCAAUUACUCCACCGCGUACCUGCACUGUGACCUCAGCGUGUGUUUGAGGAACCGUUCUGAGUGCGACAAGCAGUGCAUUCAGAGUCGAAAUGCACAUCUCAGAGAGGAACCAGGGGCUAUCUUCAGGAGCAUGGGAAACCGCAUUUCUUUUGGCCCUGUUUUGAAAGAAGCAGACAAUUCAUCAUUCUCUGAAACAGCAGAUGACACUGAAGCCGUGGUGGUGAUUAUCAGCUCAGUGGCCAGCUGUUUGCUGGCAUGUUUGGCUCUCUUACUUGUCUGGAUGGCAAACAGACGUUGUCUGCAAAGGUCUGCCUACUGCUGGUCCAGGACCCUUUGUGAAUGCUAACUGAACAGAGCUCACUGCAAACCAGCCAACUGGACUGAAAUCUGCAUUGAGCAUUCAAUCAUUAUUUGACAGUUUUUGAAUUGCUCAUCAUUAUGUUUAGUUAGCUGCACUGGGAAACUGAUUAAACUAUUAAAGUUU